CGCCGCCCCACCCCGUGCCCGCGCGCCCCCGCGCACCGCGAGCGCAGCCGCCACCGGGGCGGGGCGGGACCGGCGGGGCGGGGCGAGGGCCGGCAUCGCUCCGGUCCGGCCGAUCACGGCGAGCCCCGGCGCCACAGAUCCUGCGCCCCUGCGGAUCAGAUGUCGUGAACGGUUCCUGGGCUGAGCUGGUUUCUCAGUGCAUCAGAAAACAUGGAGCAUCUCGCAUCCAUCCUGUCCGACUGGGUGCUCCUCGGGCUCAUUGUGGUGCUGGUUGCCUUGCUGCUGCUGACUGUUUUUGGUUUCGCUGUCUACUCGGGGCUCUUCACGGAGGUGGUUGUGAGUGCUGGCUCCCCGCCUGUCGGCAGCAUCACGCUGGCCUACAAGUUCAGGGUGGGCCCGUACGGUGAAUCGGGGCAGCUCUUCACGGACGGCUGCAGCAUCUCUUCAAAGCUCUACUCCAUCGGUGUCUACUACGACAACCCUCACACGGUGAAUCCGGAGAAGUGCCGCUUCGCCAUAGGCCGAAUCCUGAGUGAGGGAGAUGCAAAGCCAUCGGAAGAGCAGAUCAAACGGUUCCAGAAGUAUGGCUUCAAGAUCUUCUCCUUCCCCGCUCCCAGCCAUGUGGUCAUGGCGACCUUCCCGUUCACCACGCCACUGUCCAUCCAUCUAGCAGUCAACCGUGUCCACCCAGCCCUUGAUACCUACAUCAAGGAGAGGAAGCUGUGCGCCCACCCCCGGAUCGAGAUCUACAAGGAGGACCGCAUCUACUUUGUGUGUCCCCUCGCUCGCCAAGGGGACUUCUAUGUGCCUGAAAUGAAAGAACUGGAGAGGAAGAUCAGAGCUGCUGCAGCUGAGGCCGAGGAUGCCCAGACAGACAUUGCAGGGGCCGACACCAUGAGCGAGGCGAGCUCCAUCAGCAUAGAGGCCACAACCGACAGCAGAGACACCUCGGUGGCCACCUCCAUCCUGCUGCCCUUCCCAGCCAGCUGUGGCCGGGAGGAAGUGGACAACCGCAGCGAGCACAGCUACAGCGAGUCUGGAGCCAGCGGCUCCUCCUUUGAGGAGCUGGACCUGGAGGUCACUGGGGACGGCGAGGGAGCCGCAGCCCUGCUGCCCGAUGUGGCCUACACAGGCAAACAAGAGGUCACAGACAAGUGGACCAAGGAGCCCAUCGCUGCUGAGAGAGGAGAGGAGUGAAGCAGAGACCUGCCUGCCUCACCUCCCGCCGGGGUCUGAGUUACUGGGAACUGGUCACCUUUUCCACCUCCUUCCUCUCCAGCCAAGCGAUUGCGGUUGAUGAUUCCCCCCGGGACCUGCUCUCCCUCUUUGCACAAAGGGUGUUUGGCCGUUUCGGGGACGCUGCGAGACUAGGGGGGUCUCCUGCAGUGCUCAGCAGUGCGGGGUAGGUGCAGGCUGGGGGGGCAGCGAAAUGCAUUUGCUGUUUGUGUGUCUUUAGAUGCGUCGCUAAUUCCUCGCAGGUGUCUCGGGGGGUGGUGGUGGAUGGCAGAGGUGUCCCCUCUCACCUCUGUCGGUGCCCCUCUCACCCACAGCUUCUCUCUGCCGCACCGCCGCGUGUUUUCUAGCACCAAAGAGCUGUGAGUGGGGUCAGCUGGGUUUGUUCCCCUCUUCCUCUUGCUGAAAAAUGGAAACAUCCCAUGUAAACCUAGUCCUCCCAGCACUGCCAUGGGCGCUUUUGGGGUCUGUAAUAAAGCGGAUGCUUUUCCUGGCUGGUGGCCGGCGUUGCUGACUGCCUCUUGGCCGAUCGCGCCGUCCUGCCCUGUGGCACAGCGCGGGUCCCUGUUCAAGGGCUCUGAAUCCCCCUUGCUCACAUUUUCCCCCUGCUCGAGGAAUGCUGUGGGCUGUGGGGACCAUCCCGGCUUCUGCAAGCUGCAGGGGGAGCAGGGAAGGGUGGCAGCCACCGUGCUGGACUGGAGGGAGGUGGCAUCCCCGCUCCCCUUGGGAACCUGCUGAGAGUACAAGCAGGAAAGCCAGGUCCGUGGGCUGCUGGUGGACCUGGUGCCACUGUGCUCCUCGGCAGGUCCGGUGGCAGAGGGACCAGCCUGCCUGCACUGUGCCACCCUUCCAGCUCACCUGCCUGGUCCCCCAGCCCUGGGGUGCACGAGGGAGGGCUGCCCACGCUGAUCCCAAUUCCUCAUCCCCUGCUGGAGACGAGGGAGCAGCUUGGACAUCACCGCCGUGGUGCCUCGGGGCGAUGCCAGUGCACCUCAGUUUGAAGAGCGCAGCCCCUGCUCUGGUGCCCCUGAUACCUCUGGCAGGUAGAACAUUGCAGCCCAAAACCCUGGGGUGGGGAUGCAAGGGACAAGAGAGACCUGGCUGUCCCUCUGUGCUGGAGACGUGUCCUCCCGGGCUUGGAAAGGUCAUGAUUUGUCCUCAGACAGUGAUUGACAUAAGAUUGUUCAUAAAUAUUUUGUGCU